AUGAACAGUCUGUUUUACGCUGGACUUUUCUACUUGUCAUGGACCGUUUACUCGGUGUCAUCUGUGGCAAUCAGUGCUGGGGACGUGGACAGUUCUAAUAAUGUCUUUCCAUGGAACACUCUUAGGUUACCAAAUUACGUAAUUCCUCUGCACUAUGACCUUCUUAUAAACCCAAAUCUAACCACACUCGCCUUCAGUGGCCUGGCUAUGGUCACCAUUGUUGUCACACAGCCUACCAAAUCCAUCAUCCUGCACAGCAAACAUUUGAAGAUUACAAAGACUGGCAUUGAGAGUAAAGUGGGAAGUAACCUGGUACAGCAAGAUGUACUACUGCUGGAACAUCCUGCAAGUGAGCAGAUUGCACUACAACCUACCGACGCCUUGAAUCCUGGGAAAAACUAUACUUUGUACAUUGAGUACAAUGGCUACCUUUCAGAAAGCUUCCAUGGGUUUUAUAAAAGUACCUACAAAACUCCAGAUGGAGAAGUCAGAGUCCUGGCUUCAACCCAGUUUGAGCCCACAGCAGCACGGAUGGCUUUCCCUUGUUUUGAUGAGCCUGCCUUCAAAGCCACCUUCUCCAUAAAGAUACGACGAGAAGCAAGACACAGUGCUGUGUCCAAUAUGCCCAUAGUGAAGACUUUGAAACUUGAUGGUGGGAUCCUAGAAGACCACUUUGAUGUCAGUGUGAAGAUGAGCACAUAUCUUGUAGCAUUUAUUGUUUCAGACUUCAAGUCUAUAAGUCAGGUGUACAAAUCAUGGAGUGAAGAUAUCAGUUUACACCGUUCCCCACAGGAUAGAGCAGGCUACGUACGCUUUAGACGCAGCAGUAAAACUUCUGGACUUUUUUGAAGAAUAUUUCCGUAUUCCAUAUCCAUUGCCAAAACAAGAUCUUGCUGCGAUUCCUGACUUCCAGUCCGGUGCAAUGGAAAACUGGGGCUUAACAACAUACCGAGAGUCCUCAUUACUGUAUGACCUAAAGACAUCCACAGCCUCUAGUAAACUAUGGAUCACAAUGGUCAUUGCUCAUGAACUGGCACACCAGUGGUUUGGGAACUUGGUGACAAUGGACUGGUGGAACGAUUUGUGGCUGAAUGAAGGGUUUGCCAAGUUUAUGGAGUAUAUCGCUGUCAACAUCACCUAUCCUGAGCUACAAGUUGAAGACAAAUUCUUAGACAAAUGUUUCCGCGCCAUGGAGGUAGACUCACUGAAUUCGUCCCAUGCAGUGUCCACACCUGUAGUGAACACUGAACAGAUACAUGAGAUGUUUGAUGAGGUUUCCUAUGAUAAGGGUGCUUGUAUCUUGAAUAUGCUGCAGGACUACAUUGGUGCUGAAAGUUUUGAAACUGGGAUCAUAAAUUACCUACGACGUUUCAGUUAUCGCAAUGCCCAAAAUAAAGACUUAUGGGACAGUAUGACUGAUAUUUGCCCUUCGGAAGGAACAGCCAGUGGGAAUAAGGAAGAAAUUGGAUUCUGCAAGAAGAAAAACCAAAAAUCUCACUGGACAGAGGACAGUAUCAUUGAUGUAAGGGCAAUGAUGAACACAUGGACUCUCCAGAAAGGUUUCCCAUUGGUUACUGUCACAGUGAAAGGAAAGCGGGUCUAUCUACAACAGGAACAUUAUCAGAAAGGUGCCAAAGACCCAGAAUCUGCUGAGUUGUUGUGGCAUAUUCCAUUGACAUACUUGACUAGUAAAACAAGCAAAGUUCAAAGAUUUCUUCUAAAAAGCAAGACAGAUGUGCUGUUCUUGGAAGAAGAGGCAGAGUGGAUAAAAUUCAAUGUAGGAAUGAAUGGCUACUAUAUUGUUCAUUAUGAAGGUGAUGGAUGGGAUGCGUUGAUAAAACUCUUGCAGGAAAACCAUACAGCUUUGAGCAGCAAUGACCGUGCCAGCCUAAUCAACAAUGCUUUCCAGCUUGUCAGUAUUGGACUUCUACCAAUUGACAAAGCUCUUAGUCUGACCACAUAUCUGAGAAAGGAGGAUAAGAUCAUGCCAGUCUUCCAGGGGAUGGACGAGCUGAUCCCUAUAUAUAAACUGAUGGAAAAGAGAGACAUGAAGGAGAUUGAAGAGCAAAUGAAGGCUUAUAUAUUAAAUCUUUUGCGUGAUCUCAUUGACAUUCAAUCCUGGACAGAUGAUGGCACAGUAUCACAGAGGAUGCUUCGCAGCUCCCUACUACUCUUCGCAUGUUUCCGCAAGUACCAGCCAUGUGUAGAGAAGGCCAAGGAUUAUUUCACUAAAUGGCAGGAAUCCAAUGGUACCAUGAGUCUGCCACGUGAUAUUGUUGUGGCUGUCUAUGCCAUCGGAGCCCAGACACCUGAGGGAUGGGACUUCUUGUUUGAGAAAUAUAAAACCUAUCCAACUGGUGAAAUGCAUCUGAUUGAAUAUGCCUUGACUCUUACUCAGGAUAAGGACAAGCUACAAUGGUUAAUGGACGAAAGUUUGAAAGGAGACCUUGUAAAAACACAAGAACUUCCUCAUAUGGUUGUCAUGGUGAGCAAGAACCAAAUCGGUCAUUUGCUGGCCUGGCAGUUUCUAAAGAAGAAUUGGGAUGAGCUCACUCAGAAGUUUGAGCUUGGAUCGCGCACUCUUGGUGAUAUGGUCGUUGGGAUUACGCGUCUUUUUUCCACAGGAGAUUGGCUGGAAGAGGUGACAGAAUUUUUUGAUUUGUUGAAAGAAAAUGGCUCUCAACUGCGGUGUGUUCAACAAGCCAAAGAGACUAUUGAGGAGAACAUUCGGUGGAUGGACAAAAACUUAGAUCUUGUUAAAACGUGGCUGGAGGAUAACAGUUAA